AAUUGUCAACGGAGCGACGGUUGCGAGCGCGAGCAACGCUACAACCCAAUACCCAAACACGUUCAUCCCGUCUAUGGGCAAUUCUCUGUGGCUCGGUUGUCGGUUGUUGGGAGACAUGACUAUCGACUUGAACACAAGUAUGGCCAGUAUGAAAGUAUCCCGAGUUGUGCUCUGGUAUUGGCCCCUGAUGAACGAUGUUUUACUCCAGGGCAACAUUGGUAAGUAA